AUGGCCGAGAAUCAGGAGGUGCAGACCUUCCGGGCCCUCUACAACUUUGAGGCACAAGAGGACGACGAACUGGACUUGCAGGCUGGCGAUCUGAUUGAUGUCUACGUUGUACAUGAAGGUGAAUGGGGCACAGGCGUCUCGCGCCGCAACUUGAAGGAGGGCGCUUUCCCUUGGAGCUAUGUGCAGCCCUAUAAGCAAGCUGGCGUGGGCCACAAGUUUGAGCCCAUCACAGUUACCGUGCCAACGGUCGAUUGGCACACGCAUGCCUUUAUCUGGGGAGCUGGCAUGGCUGGCGAGGCCGUCCAAUGCACUGUGUGUGGCUUCACGUGCCACAAGCGGAGCAAGUUCUUUGUGGAGAACAACAGCGCUUCAGAGUGCAUUCCCAACCGCAACAUUGUGCGCCCGUCAUCGCGGCCCAUCGAUGACUGGACUGUGGAGGACGUGCACCUCUUCAUGGUCGCGACGAAGCUCAAUGACUACGCGCUGCUGUUUCUGGACAAAGGAGUGACUGGCGGGAAGCUCAAGUCGCUGAACCACAAGAAGCUGCAAAGCCUCGGGGUUGAUGAUACACCGCACAGGAAGAUGGUGAUGGCGUGCAUCGAGGAGAUUCUGGGGCAGACAACAAACACCGCAUCGAUGACGUUCCAGCAGCGCUGCCAGCUCUCAAAGACUGAGGAGUUUGACCCCGUGCAGAUUAUGGACCUCGUCCCGAUUGAGGAUCCACACGACAGCGUUGUUGUUGUGAAGGGCCACCGGUUCAAGCUGAAGAGCUACGCCAACAUGACGUGGUGUGACUCAAGCCUCAAGCCCCUCUUUGGCCUGCAGACACAGGGCCUCCAGUGCACAGUGUGUGGGUACAAUGUGUCACGACAGUACCUGUACCAGGUGCCGUCCUGCCAGCCCGAAAUGGCAAUCACACACUCCCCACUCCCCGCCGGAGCAAAGUGCGGGCACAUGUUUGGUGUGCCGCUGGAAGGGCAGAUGCACACGGGCAAAGAGGUUCCCAUUGUCAUUGAGAAGUGCAUUCAAGCGCUGGAGAGCGGAAAGGGCCUCAAGACAUCGCAUCUGUAUGUUCAGAUGGGCAACGUGUCGCGUGUCCGCGUCCUGCAGGCAGAGCUCCUCAUGGACCCAAACAAGACGCUUGAGGGCCAGGAUGCACACGUGGUGGCAACGCUGCUCAAGCGCUACUUUGCCGAGCUGCCAGAGCCGCUGGUGCCGUUUGCGUGGUACGACCGCUUCAUCGCCGCUGCGCUGCUGCCGACGGAGGCCGAGCAGGUGGCUGAGCUCGACCGCCUCGUGCCGCAGCUCCCGCCCCAGAGGCAGAAGAUCAUGGAGGUCCUCCUCGCCCACCUCGGCAGGGUGCUUGGAAACUACAAGUCGACGAAGGUUGAUGCGGAGGCGCUCGGCAAGGCGUGGGGCCACCUGUUCCUCAUGCCUGCACCCCGAGAGAUGGGCAAGGCCGCGGUGGAGCACGCCGCACAGUGCAACGCCGUCAAGCUGCUCAUUGGCAAGUGCAAGUGCGGUGGGCUGCCCACCACGGCCUCGGGCGCUGCGCCACCGCUGCACCCGCGUCGGAAGGCCUCUGUGCGCCGUCCGGCCAGCUCGCUCGUGACCCAGUCAAACUACGAAAACGUCGUCCUCCCGCGCCAGCCAACAGUGACGAAAUCGCCUCGGCCGCCCCCACCGCGCACGCCCCGCCCGCGAGUGAACACGGUCUCGCAGAAGGAGCAGGUGAUGGACGACGCGUGGUACGCCGGCAACAUGGACCGCGCCGCCGCAGAGGCAACGCUGGCCCCGCUUGCAGACGGAUCGUUCCUCGUUCGCGCGAGCCGAACUCGACGCGGCUUCACCCUCACCGUCAAAUUCCUUGAGGUGCGGCAUAUCGUGAUUGUCGAGAGCAAGGGCAAGUUUGGCUUCUCCGAACCAACGACCUUCCCAUCUGUUGCGGAUUUGAUUCGCCACUUCCAAUCUGUGAGCCUGGCAUACUACAACGCGGAGCUGGAAACAACACUGGCCUACCCGUACAAGACUGCGCCGCGGGCCGGGGAGAACGACGUUCAGUUUGACGACGAGCUUGCGGAUGAUGACAUCUACGUGAGCAACGUGUAUGCGCUGCGGGAGCGGCUUGCACGGCAGCACCGCGACUUCCGUCAUGAGCGCCAGGCCCCGCCCGUCGAGGCAUAUGAGCAGCCGCCCGAACCCGUUGACAAGGAGGGCCUCGCACACUUGGACAAGCAAAUGAAAGAGUUGGAGCGGAGUCUGAAGGCGCAGCAGAUGAUCUCCAGAAUGCUCCGCGAACACUUGCAGCUGAACGAGACAAAGCGGGCGAGCGCGGGCACGGAGCAGAAUGCUGUUGCGCUGGAGACGCACCACGCCAGCAUGAAGUCUCUGCUCGAUGAAUCAGAACGCAAGGAAAAGGACAUCCUUGCUGAUCUUGAGCAGACGGCCAAGGCGAAUCAGGCCGCCAGCAACUACGAGGAGGUCAAGCUCAAGAAGCGUGAGGAGGCGGCGCCUGCUCGUCCACCGCCGGCCGCUGCUCCCCAGCAGUCCGGUCUCGCCAUGUACUACCUCGGCCAGAUCAGCCGCACAGACGCAAAGCGCUACUUGGCAGGGCAGCCUGUGGGAACCUUCCUCGUCCGCAAGAGUGGGCGCGGUCACCCUUACACCAUGGAUGUUGUGUAUGACGGUGAGGUGAAGCACAUCCCCGUGCUGUAUGAUGGCGUCCUCUACGGCCUCGCGAAACCCCUCUCCUUCGACAGCGUCGAGGCGCUGGUGAAAUUUUACCGCAAAGUGCCGCUCUCCGACAGCAUCAACACCAUCCUCACCGGCGCAAUCAAGGAGAGAACCACCAUCCCAUGA